AUGCUAACGCUUUCGUCAGUCAUCUGGCCGCAAUUCAAUCUGAAAUCCUCUGAAAUGGAAUCCACCACCUCUGAGGUUAAGAACGAGGCUUCUGCCCCUUUAUUAGACAGCCAAGUUCCCGAUGAAACGAAGCCUGCCGAGUCAGUCAAGACAGGCCUGCCCCAGACCGCUCUGAAAGCCUUGCUCAUCGAGUCUGCUUCCAGAACCCCUGUCAACAAUGCCCAACUGGAAGACGAUGACGACCUCACUCCGCCGCCUGACCACAUUCCCAGUCCAACUCAUGACGACCCAGCCUCAGGCGACGAAAUCGUGGUGAGCUCUAAUCGUAAUGGUGCCGACAAGUCUUCGCCUUUCCGUGUGGUUUCCGACCAAGAGGACGAAACCAUGGGCGACGCCGAUGAGGAUCUGCCCUAUCGACCGCAAACGUCCCCUUAUCCCACGCGCAAGAGACAGCUGACAGCGUCAAACGUUCCUGCGGAUGACGAAGAGGAAGGAAGCCCACCCACAGACGACACGCCCAUCUCCCGCGCAAAGCCGAUCCGUCGCCCUGCGGGUGCUGAUUCCAAGACUGUCAUUCUUGGAUACUGGCGCGACUCUCAGCAUCCUGACGAGGCUGAGAAGCACGCUGUCGUCGGUUUCAUUGACGUGCGAGAAAGGUUGCGAACACGAAUUGCCGACGUCAACCGCAAGCGCCAGCCCGUUGACACCAAGAAGUAUCCAGUGCCUCCUGGCCCCGGUGGUAGCUGGGUGACAUUUGAGCGCGUCGUUUUCGAGCCUCAACUUGUCGGGCUCAACCAUCACCACAUUAAAGAAGGCGCGACGUCGCCUGGAGAGAAACCCGGCCUCCGAAACGGCGCCUACCCCGGCUGUGGCCUACGGUCUCACGAUCCCCGAGGACGCUGUCAUCUGCAGUCGUUCUGA